AUGCGGCGUCUAUCGGAUUCCUGCGUUCUUAUAUGUGGUCUAGGUGGUGUUGGAGUUGAAAUAGCAAAAAAUCUUGUUCUUGCCGGUGUCAGGGAGUUGAUCCUUGAUGACUCCACUGUCUGUUCUGCUGAGGAUUUAGCCAGUCAGUUCUACGUACACCCUGAGGAUGUUGCACAAGGACGAACAAGAGCUGAAGCAAGCCAAAAACCUCUGGCGGCCCUUAAUCCCUACGUUCAUGUCAGUAUUAAAACUCGUACUCAAGCUAAUGAGGGCGUUGACAUUGACCAGGAAAUAAAUACUCUUCCCGCGUGUAAAAUUCAUUGCAUGGUAAUCACUGAUAGUCAUCUCUUCCUUGCUGCUCUCCUCAACAACUAUUGCCGGCAACAUCAUAUCAAGUUUGUUUACGCAAACACGAUUGGAACUUUUGGGAACGUCUUCUGCGACUUCGGUCCAAACAUUAAGUUUAGCCCACCAGAUGAAGAACCUCCUUCAACAUUUUUCAUCGAGAGCAUAGAAAACGCAGAGAAGCCGAAGCUGGUAAUUAGGGCAUUCGAGCAGCAUAAAAUAUCUGAUGGCGGUUUCAUAACUUUUAAUGAAGUCACUGAAAUAUCUCCUUGCGUCCUCGAACUGGAUAUCGACACAUGCAAUUUCGGAAAAUUUACCGGGAACGGUCGAGCAACUGAGGUCAAGCAAGCUCCCGAUGUUACUCACCUCCCUCUUGCGAAGCAACUUGAAGACCCCAAACUCUCCAUCGUCGAUCUCGUGAAUCCCGAUUCAGCUGCUCAGAUGCAUGUGGCCUUCAUAGCACUCAUGGCGUUCAUCUACACUAAGAAACAGCUUCCCAAAGCUUGGUCCAAAAAGGAUGCAACAUUAUUUCUCAAAUUGGCAGAGCGGUUUUGCCUCCGGAACAUGAAAAUUGACACUACUCUUCUGGAACGAAUUUGUUUCACCUCUCGGGGCCAACUGCCUCCCCUCUGCUCAUUUUUCGGUGGUGUAGCUGCACAAGAAGUCAUAAAAGCAGUAACUUGUCGAUUUACACCUCUCAAUCAAUGGAUGUAUUUCGGUGCCGACUCUGUGAUACCUUCGGAAAUUCCAAGAAACUCAGGACUUUCUGUAGAGCCUCGUUAUCGUCCCCUAGUCAGAUGCAUUGGACCGCAGAACAUGCGGAAAGUCGCCAUGGCUAGCACUUUCAUGGUCGGCUGUGGUGCGAUUGGCUGUGAAUUACUGAAGAACCUAGCUCUUCUGGGUCUCGCCAGUGGCGCCCCCCAGGCUGCUGCAGCCGAACUCUCCAGCAAUCUCUCGAAUUCCGCUACCUCCCCAUCUCCCGACGACGAGACAUCCGCUAUAUCUUCUGAGAUUGUUGAAGACGAUGAUAAUGAAGAGCUUAUGCCGCUGAUUAUUCGUGAUUUUCACCACAUGGUCAUAGAGUUGAGUCACCUGGGCAUGGAACUGGGUGUCUUCCGCCCCUAUCAACUAGAUCAUGGUGAUACCUUUCCGGUGGCCGACGGGGACCUUCAAUCGACGCCGGUGGCUUCAUUGGAGAUGCCGACUAUGGGCACUACACACUCACCCUCCGCAACACGUGGCACGAUGACGGCGCUACUGACGGACGCAUCGACGGGAGCGGUGACUGCUCUCGCCGGGCCACAGGGCGAAUCGGCAACUGAAUUGCCAGAGGAUGAGAAUUUUGCCCCUCUUGGCUCCCCCGCCACUAGUUCGUCGACCAGUUUUUAUCGAAUUGAUGAGAGAGGCAAGUCGUUACACGUGAGCUCUCAAAGUGACUACGACGCAGAUGUGGAAUCUAUGGCCCAACAGACUUUCUCUUGUCCUCAACCGACCAUCACCACUGCCACAGUCGCUACUAACACUGAUGCUAAUACUAACGCGAAUACCUGUGACGGUCCCUGCAUCACUAUAACUGAUAUGGAUCACAUCGAGAAGUCCAAUCUGAAUCGGCAGUUUCUUUUCCAUUCUGAGCACGUCGGUCUGGCCAAAAGCACCGUCGCCGCUGCAUCCAUCCGACAAAUUAACCCCGCUCUUAAAGUUGUUGCCCUGCAAGAAAAAUUGGAUUCCAACACGGAGGGAGGAGUUUUCACCGACGACUUUCUGCAGAUAGCAGCAUCAGGAAAGGACAAAUCCGGUCCACCAAUAGUGCUGGCAGCACUAGAUAACAUUAAAGGGCGACGUUAUUUAGACACUCGCUGUGUAGCCAACCGACUGGCGAUGUUUGAUUCGGGUACUCAGGGUACAAAGGGUCACACCCAAGUGAUCCUCCCUGGGAUUACCGAGUCCUACUCAAGCCAGAAGGAUCCCCCGGAGGAGGAGGGAGCCAGUGAUGUCGUCCCAUACUGCACGCUGAAGUCUUUUCCCGCCAAAGCAUCCGACUGUGUUGAAUGGGCGAGGGAGAAGUUCACCCUCAAACCACAGGGGAUGGAUCGGUUCUUGAGGGCCUUCGGGUAUUCCUGCAAGGAGCUGCGAGACGCACUUCAGACCAUAUUGGCAAAGGGCCCUUCCGAUUGGUGGCCUAAUGAUGCUACCCCGAGAAAUGUCUUCCUCAGAUGCCUCAAUAUGCCUCAAUUGACCUUUUUCAACAGCCGACCUCGCACAUGGAAGGAGUGUAUUUGUUUGGGACGCGAGAAGUUUGAAAAAUAUUUUACUCAUAAGGCCUUGCAUUUGCUUUACAAGUUCCCAGCGGACAAAGUACUUGAAGGGGGAGAGCCCUUCUGGCAGCUACCACGCCGCAAGCCCCGGCCGCUUACCUUUGACGUGUCAAAUAAGCUACACGUUGAUUUCGUGUGGUCCUUUGCUCGCUUGCUCGGCAAGCAAGCGGGUAUUCACAUCCCCUCAAUAAGUGUACCAGCAAUGGCGGCUUCUUUUGUCAAAGAGGCCCUGAUGGACUUCACCCCGAAACCCUACGUUCCGUCGGACAAAGAGGUGAUUGUGGACACCUCGGUGAGCAGACCAACGCCGCUAGAUGGCCCCUCUUCGUGCCCAACUGCCGAUGACGAAUUCCAUGCCCAGUUGGAGAUUGCAAUUGCUCGGCUGAGCGAUCCUGACUGUCGACUCACCUGUCAGUCCAUUGAGUUCGACAAAGAUAAUGAGAAAGAUGGUCACAUUGACUUCAUUGCUGCAGCUACAAACCUCCGAGCUGCGAUGUAUGGACUACCAGAGACGGGGAGGUACGAGGUGAAAAGGAUUGCUGGUCGCAUUAUUCCUGCAAUAGCCACGACCACGGCCGCUGUGGCCGGUCUAGUUAGUCUAGAGGUGUUGAAGUACAUUUGUUUCAGCGGAACUUCCUCAGAGACAGAAUGCCUUACCAGCCACUCGAGGAACAAUUUUGUUAAUCUAUCUCUCCCCUCUGUUAUCUCCGUUUUGCCUGGCCUCUAUGUUGCCAAAAAUCUCCCCAACAACACGCAUUUUACGGUCUGGGAUCGAUGGGAGAUGAAGUUGCCCACCAAGAAGUCUACCUUGAAGGAGUUUAUUGAUUUAGUAGAGUUGAAAUACGGGCUCAAUGUCUCCCUGAUCACGCAGAACUGCCGCCCCAUCUACAUGACACUCCUACCGAACUUUGAGUGCAACCUCCGUAAACCAAUGCUUUCAUUACUCACAUACACACCAAAGGAUACUUACGUCGAUUUGGUCAUCGUCUACGAAGGCAAGGGUGAUGACGAUGAUGAUGUUGAAGGCCCUCCAUUCCGUUUGAUACUUCCAACCGAUUAG